AGAGCGGAGCCGGACUGCCCAGGUGGAGCAGGGGGUCCAGCCAGCGGAGACCCCGAGGCGCACGGGCACCGCGCAGAAAGCCGCACCGCACGCCUCGUCACGGGACAGAACUGAGCCGCAGCCCCGCGCGCCGCCCAGGACCCAUUCGCCGCCACCGCCGCCUCCGCAGCACCCAUGGGGACCUGGAGACUUUAAAGGAGUUUGGGGUUUCGGGAGCAGGGAAAUUACGGAUCCCCGCUCCUGGCCCUCGCCUCGCCGUGUCAUUGAUGGGCAACCAACUGGACCGCAUCACCCACCUCAACUACAGCGAGUUGCCCACAGGGGACCCGUCGGGGAUCGAGAAGGACGAGCUGCGGGUCGGGGUCGCCUACUUCUUCUCGGAUGAGGAGGAGGACCUGGACGAACGCGGGCAGCCGGACAGGUUUGGCGUGAAGGCUCCCCCGGGCUGUACCCCCUGCCCAGAGAGCCCCAGCCGCCACCACCACCAUCUGCUGCACCAGCUGGUCCUCAACGAGACUCAGUUCUCCGCCUUUCGGGGCCAGGAAUGCAUCUUCUCCAAAGUGAGCGGCGGCCCUCAGGGCGCCGACCUGAGCGUCUCCGCGGUCUCCGCGCUGCCCGCGCUCUGCGAGCCCGGCGACCUGCUGGAGCUGCUGUGGCUGCAGCCGGCGCCGGAGCCGCCCGCGCCCACCCCACACUGGGCCGUGUACGUGGGCGGCGGGCAGAUCAUCCACCUGCACCAGGGCGAGAUCCGCCAGGACAGCCUGUACGAGGCGGGCGCGGCCAACGUGGGCCGGGUGGUCAAUAGCUGGUACCGCUACCGCCCGCUGGUGGCCGAGCUGGUGGUGCAGAACGCCUGCGGCCACCUGGGCCUCAAGAGCGAGGAAAUCUGCUGGACGAACUCGGAGAGCUUCGCCGCCUGGUGCCGCUUUGGCAAGCGGGAGUUCAAAGCCGGAGGGGAGGUGCCGGCCGGCACGCAGCCGCCGCAGCAGCAGUACUAUCUCAAGGUGCACCUGGGGGACAACAAAGUCCACACGGCCAGGUUUCACAGUCUGGAAGACCUCAUCCGCGAGAAGCGCCGCAUCGACGCCAGUGGCCGCCUGCGAGUGCUCCAGGAGCUCGCCGACUUCGUGGACGACAAGGAGUAGCUGCGCUCCCUUCCCGUCCCCGCACCCCGCUCCCUUCCCGUCCCCGCACCCGAGCUUCGCGGCCGGUGAUUCGGGACCUCCGUCUCCGUCGCGCGUCCGCCGCCAGUGGCCAGUGUCCAGGCUGCGCCCUCGCACCCCUCUGGCAAGUGGCAGGAAGUCUUAGGAGCUGACCCCGGGACUGAAAGGGCGCAGACACGCGCGCCUGGCUCAGAGCCCCAGUGGUGGUGACGGUGUUGGGGGGACCCAGAGUGCGCUUUGUCACUGAGUUGUAAAGGGGGGAAGAGGAAGGGCUGAGGGGAGCAGGGACAUGGCCUCCCCCGCGAGUCAAUGGUCAGUGACCUCUCACCGACUGGGAAACUACCCUUUACUAAAAAGGGACCAUCACCGCCCCAAAUGCGCACACUCAGAUCGGUCGGAGGCGAGAAUUGGUCUUUGCAGGGCACAAUUCAGUUCUUGUAUGGAUGUGUCCCCAGAUCGCAGGAUUUCCAAGAAAUCGAGCCUGUCCCUUGUGCACUUGUGAAUAAUUCCACAAGAGAGCACUUUGGGACUCCGGGUUAUCCUGAGGCUGCCCGGACUUUCCCAGCUCUUCAGCCCCAGGUCUCCUGACAUUGUAUUGCAGGCUCCAGGCUAAGCUAGACACCGUUUGCUUCCUGUUCUUUCCAGCGAGGGAAGCGAACGUCACCCCCAACCGCAUUCGCCUGCGCUCCCUCGGUGGCAGAGGGGACCCUUCCCCGGACCGGGAGGGAAAUGGCGCAGCUAAUUCGGCGAGCAGAGCCGGCCCCGCCCCCCGACAGGAGAUCGUCCACCUGGUGUCUGUAAACUUGAACGUGUGAAGGAGGAAGGAAGCUUGUUGUUCUUAACCCCUGAUUGCUCCCAACUCAGGCUGCAUUUCAAAAAUAGUCAUAUUUUUAAAGGGGUUGGAGGAGAGGAAGGUGGGGGAGGGACGUGGCGACAUUCCAGAAACCAGCAUUAUUACAGCACCAUAGCCAGUGUAUUUAGUUUGGCUUUUCCUAACAUAGAAAUCUUAGAAGGUGGGGAGUGGAAAUAGAGUUUUGAAAAAGAGAGAGCAGUUUUCCAGCUAUGUCAACAAAGCCUAUCGUGUUGAUGUUUUUAUUGACCAUUUUAGCAACAUGCUAAUAAAAUUUCAAAUUGAAAUUUUUAUUUUCAUGGCUUUACUCCAUGAUAGUUUAAAUACUGGGGGCCAUUAAGAGUGGAUUUAGCUAAGAGCUUAGCUAACAUUGCCUUUUCACUCUAUUUUUUCUCAAAUCUUAUGAGAAUUCAGUUUUUGAAUGUUGUAGUUAAUUUUUUGUCUUUAAACAGCAUCCCUAGUAAUGGUGGAUGGAGUUGUUCAUUAAUAUGUAUAUUGUAUGGAAUUUCUGUCAGUUAAAGGGUUUACUGCUUUGGUAGAAAUUGAUAGCAUGUUCCAUAAUGUUUCUUUUUUCCAUGUUUUUUUUUUAUCAUUAUCAUGUAACAUUUGCAUUUCUAUUUUUCUUCCUCUCCUCCUGAUCUCCUUAAAAACUAAUCUAGAGUUGGCGGGGGCUUUCUUCCCCCUGCACUUUAGUCAGUCCCGCAAUUUAUUUCUGAAAACAGGAAAGAACUUGUAAGAUCAGGACAAACAUGUGUUUUUCAAAAUGUAAGGCUGUGUAAAACCCCAUCCUUGGGCGAGGAUUUCCAAACUUCUCUCCUUAUGCUACAGCCCCAGCUCGACUGAUUGUUACUUGAUUUAGUGUGUUAGACCUAAACACACUAUAGCAUUUACGUCUCUUUCAAGGGAAUUUUCCAAAUAAUGGUGUUUAGCUAAUUGUUGCAAGCAACUGCAUACUGACAGCUAUGAUUUAGUUGGACAGUAAAUAUUAUGGCCAAAGCCAGUAUUUUGGCAUUUCAAAAAUAAUGCAAUAAAACCUAGUCGAGGUUA